AUGUGCUAUUUGACCAAACCUCAAGGUUCGAAUUGUAGCUUGAUCAAACUUAAGGGGAAGUUUUUCCCUUUCUCUCUCUUCUUUUAUUACCUGACGUGUACGUAUCUGAACUUGGAAAGUGCCAGCGCCUCCAUUUGCUAUAUUUUUUUUGUAAGAUACAGCCGGACAAAACAAUUUCCCGGGUUUCUCAAUUCUCUCGUCCACGUAUUUCAAAACUUGUUAGAAUACAGUCGUCGUCGUCGUCGUUGGAGGGGAUUGGUGGAAAUGGAGGUGGAGAAGGAGGGGGAGAUUGAUCUGCUGCCGAUUGACUUGUUGGCUCACAUAUUUACCCUCAUCACUUGCUUCAAAGAUUUGGCUCAGGCGAGCAGCGUGAGCCGGAAAUGGAGGCAGGGGGUGAAGGAAUCGCUGGCGAGGAGGGAUAAGCUGAGCUUUUCAGGUUGGAAAAUGGACGACGAUUCCACCACACGCGUCGUUUGCCUUGCUUUCAGUCUCAAGGAGCUUGACAUUUCUAGGAGCCGAUGGGGCUGCCAGAUAACCGACCAAGGGCUUUACCAAUUAGCUACUGCAAAGUGCAUUAGCAACCUAUCCUCAAUAUCUUUGUGGGGUUCAACAGGAAUCACAGAUAGAGGUGUUAUCCAACUGAUUUCCAGAGCUACUUCUUUACAACACCUAAACAUAGGUGGUACAUUUAUCACAGAUACAUCUUUGUUUGCUGUUGCAGAUAGCUGUCAAGAAUUGAAGACUAUUGUCCUGUGGGGCUGCCGCCAUGUGACUGAGGAGGGACUUCUAGUCCUUGUAAAUAAAUGUCGCAAGCUGGAGUCCAUAAAUGUUUGGGGUCUGAGGGUUCCAUUGGAUUGCUUUGUUGGUUUGCUUACCAUAAGCCCUGCUCUUCAGAUACGACCCAAAGGAAUGGUGAACGUCGAGAGAAUUUCUAUGUGGCCUGUCUUUUAAGGUGAAGCGACUGGAUGCGGGGAUACAAGUGCGUAAUGAUUGUUUGUCCUACAAUUUAUACAAUGUUGUACAGAUUACCUGUCUUUGUAAUCUGAGUUUAAUAAACAUGGCAUUGGCCCGCCAGUGAAUUGUAUUUAAUGAUUCUUUGCUCCAGACAAAAUUGAAGAUUUGGGAUGUAAUUAGUAUCUUCUAAUUUUAUGCAUUAUGAUAGUAUGUGCGAGGAA